GGCAUGCUGGGAACAUUCCCUGCUCCUCCCAGGAAAUGUCCUUUGUCCAGCCCCACAGGAAGCCCCAGCGAGGAGGUAGUGGGCAGCCAGCCCGAGUGCCAGCCCGCGGUUGCAUAGCCUCAGCACCGGGCGCCAGGCUUGGGCAGUGCGCUCAGAGCUGCCCGGCGCAUCACAGGUCUGGGGGAUUUACUGUUAUCAGCCUGGAGUCUCCUUCCAUCCAGGGAUGACUUUGCAAUGUAGCAGCCCACAGAUGGUCGCUGGGUUCUCAUGACUGUACAAUCAUCUCUAUAGGCUAUAUGAGAUAGUGCUCCAAGGCUCCGCUGGACCCCUACUCAGGAGCAAACCACUCUGAGCAGAAGAAAUGUGAAGAAUUAACAGGCGGUUCCAGCCAGCACCUCACCUCUGCAUGUCCUUCCUGGAUGCCUUCCGCUGUGUGCUACUUGUGAAUACCAGGCCUAGCCAGCCCUGGACACAGCAGUCAGUGACAGUACCACAAGCCCUCCUCCCUCUCCCACACCUCCUCCCUCAGCUGCUUCUCCAGGAGGCCACGCAACGCAACAACGUGGGAUCUUUUGCCAGGAUGCUCAAUGAACAGGAAAGUGGGAGGGGCCACAGCAGUUGCCUGUCACCUUCACCACAGCUGAGGCUGUGCCCCCAUCUAGUCGCACUCUGGCAGCAGCUGCCACAGCAACCACACCCUCAGCCCAAGUUCCAAGAGUCAAGUGGCUGUCCCCAGUGGCCCUGUGUGUUGACAGAGUUGAAACAGAUGGAAAAUGACUCAAUAGAAAAUUGACUGAGUCAGAACCUCAAGACCGUGCCUCUCUCCGGGCCGGCCCGUUCCAUUUCUGCGUCUGUGGAUUACCAAAUCUGGGUUCUAGCUGUGUGUUGGAUUCAGGGAAGAAUGAAACGAACUUAGGAAGAUAGUAUCGUGGCAGUUCUUCAGGCACUGUGUGUGGCAGACAGACAGAUAAGCCCAGGAAGUCACAGGUCCAUAUCACAUGGAUUCCGGGGUUUCUGCCAAGCUUUGAGACUGCUUCCCGAUGUACCGCAGUCUCAGGUUCCGUGAGAUUGGAUUGGGGCAGGCGCUGUGUUCCACUCACCAGAGGUCUUAGGAUCCCGUGGGGAGUCCCGUGUGGGCCCUUCAGGGUGUUGGGCAAGACUCUGCUGGCAAGGUAGCCUGGGGCUCGAGUCGAGCGGAAGGGGCUUGUGCCCAGAUCAGGCCCGGGUAGCCUGCUUCCCUAUGUACUGCAGUCUCAGGUUCCGCGCGAUUGGAUUGGGGCAGGCGCUGUGUUCCACUCACCAGAGGUCUUAGGAUCCCGUGGGGAGUCCCGUGUGGGCCCUUGCGGGUGUUGGGCAAGACUCUGCUGGCCAACUCCCACUUUUCUUUCACACAAUUACACAAAAGACUUAGGGUUAUUCAGUGUUGGCCAUAAUGUUUCUUUAAGUCAAUGCUAAUACAAACAACUUUAAAAAGUCAACAAGAUGUUUUGUUUUUUGAGUGAAAACUAUAGACAAUCCAAAACCUGGUUUCUUGGAAUCCAUCUUAGAGAAUCAGAUGAAACUUUUAAGAUGAUUUUUUAGUUUUGAAGAGGCAAGCUAAUCAUAAUUAUAAUAGGAAUGUAACAGUAGAAGUUGGCUGAAGUGUGGAAGAGAACAGAAAUAGGAAGAAGGAAGGUGUUGCCCACAAAGCUUGGUUACUGUAGCUAGAGCAGCAAGCCAUGGAGAUGACAGAGGGGGUCAGAUGCAGAAGAGAAUGUAAAAGAACCAGGUGACUCUGGAAUGGCUGUCUCAGUGCUCUGCGCACUCACUACCUUUGUGUGGUCAAAUAACUUAUAUAUUUGUUGGGCCUCAUUUUCCUCCAUGGGAAAUAAUGUUUCUCUGACUCUAUCUCUCUGUCUCUCUGUCUCUGUCUCUUAAGCAUUUAAAACGUGGCAGACUUUCUCAUUAACAAGUAUAGUCUCUUCAGCAAAAUGUCACUGUAGUCCCCGACCUUUGCCACCCAGCUUACUUCUUUGGAGCCUCCCAGAUAGGGAGAGUGACACUAUUAAAACAGAAGCAAAGAGAUACUGUGAAUCCGAAUCUGAGGAACUGUCCAUUGUAGACUAGAUGAUCUGGAUUCUUGAUCUAGAUGCAUCUUCUAGUUUAUGGUCUCAUGUCUUGGAGGGUUUUGUGUCAUUCUUAUAAGCCCCCUCUAGGAGAUGGAGAGACUGUUCAGUUAAGAGCUUUACUUACAGUUCUUGUAGAAGACUCAGUAGGGUUCCCAUGCCUGCCAGCAUUGGAUGACUUACAGCUGCCUGUAACUUUAGCUUUAGGGAAUCCACCUUCUUUCUCUGGAUUCUGUGGGUCCCUGUACAUGCCGCACACAGACACACAUGUAUAUAAUUAAAGAAUAAUACAAGCAAAUAUUAAAGUAAGAAUCUCCCUCUUGACCAUGUAUUCCAGGAUCUCAUUUGCAGGUAGACGAUUUUAGGAAUGGGUUGGUGACUUUGGCAAGGCUUUAAAUCUUUUUUCCUAUGACAGGGAUGGAGGAUCCUUGUACUGGGCAGAUUAUGAGUUGAUUAAUGUGAUUUGACUCACUGUCCUAUCAAGCAGCUAACAGAAGCUACAAAUACCAGGGCCAAAUAUGUAAAUUGGGUAUAUCCCAGAAAGGUAGUAUAUUAGAGUCUUAGGGAACAGCUUUCUUCUCCUAGGGCACCUGUCACACCAUGCAAUAGGAAAUGAGAAGCAGGCACAUUAGUGUGCUGAAAGGUACAGAUUGCUAGUAUGAUUAGCCAAGUACACUGGCUACCUGGGGUGGGGGGCGCAAGUGUGAUUGGAGCAAAAGUUGGUAUGGCAGGGAUUUAGGCUCCUGCCAGCCACUCAGUUAUGCGUUUGUGGACAAUGUUUGGGCUGUCUACACUUCCUUAACCCUUUCUGUAUCCCAGUUGAAGCUGCUGAUAUAUUUGUCUGUUAUCUCCUGGAUUUAGAUUAGUUGCUAUUAUUUUCAACCAGCUAUCUUAGCAAACAAUGCUAAAAUGGUUUCCCCUUUUCUCCAAACUGCUGUGGCCCAUUUCUGAAGUAUUUUAACGAUGAGAUGCUUUCCGAUGAUUCUGCCGUCCUUUCCAGCCUGCUUCAAUGUUCGCUGAGCCUUGGGACCCGGGGCUUGACACGGUCAGCACUAUAGUCUAUUGCGUUAUUUUCUGCCUGCUGCAGAGAGAAGUUUCUCUGGCGAAGGUUGACAGCAGCACUGAGCUAUGGGUAAAAGCAGGUUUUCUGUCUAACAAAUAUACACGUGAGUAGAGUGGAAUAAUGAACUUAGGUGUUCAGCAUUUUAGCAGUGGCCGAUAUAUGGCCUUUCCUGUUUCAUCUGCACCCAUCUAAGCCUCCCUUCCUUGGAAUUGUGUUGAAGUAAAUUCCAGACGUUAUCCUCUCGUCUAUAAAUAUUUCAUAUAUUGAUGAUAAAGGACUCUUUGAACUUACCCAAAUACCAGCAUCAUAAAGAUGAACAGUUCUUGAUAUCAGAUAGCUAAUCAGAAUUUUACAAUUACUCAGUUGUCUCAUAAUUAGCUUUGGCUUUGGUUUUGGAGGGUGCCUCACGGUGUAGCUCAGGCUGACCUUUGAUUUUUAAUGCCUGUCUGUGCUCAUUGCCCAACCGCAUAGAACUUGCUUUUGUAGUAUGGUAAUUGAGUUGGGGUUCUGUAAGUAUGUAUGUUGAGGUUGGUUGAUUUAUUGCUUGCAUUUUGACCUUUGGACUUCCCUCCCUCUUUUCUUCUUUUUAUCAUAUUUUUUUUCUUGCUGUUUUUGUCAUUGUUCUCUUGGUAAAUCAACUGGAGAUCAUGUGUCUUAUUUAGUUUCUUAUGAUCUGAGUUUUGUGUAUCCUGUUAUUUUUUAAAGAGAUAAGAGUGAGUUAUAGUUUUAAAAGUGUUUUCAAGUGUAUGCAAGCGUUUUGUUUUGUUUUGCUUUGCUUUGCUUUAAAUCAGUCUAGUUUUGGAAUUUUGAGAUGUGAUGAGGCAGGAACAUUUAGCUAUCAGGUAGCUUUGCAUUUCCUCCUGCUUCGCACUCACUGGACCCUACCCUGGCUGGUUACACACAGAGGUGUCACUUACCCAGCUGAAAUACUCUGAGCGGAACAUGCCAGCCAUUCCUUGUCAGUAACACCAGGCAGUUAUUUUGGGCAGAGAAGGGAACAGCAUUUCUUCCUGUUGAAUCUACAUGGGAAGCUGGGUGACAGAGUGUCUGCUUCAAACUCUUUGGCCCUGCACUCCCCUCUUCUCCUUUGCUAUGAAGAACAUUUCUCUCAGGGCUACUCAUUCCAGCAGAAACAGGAUCACAGAAACCUUAAUAGAGACCACCAUCCCCCCAUCAGUCCUUCCAGAACAAGGCUGUUAUGAGCACGUCUCAUCAGACACACUUCUCUUGCAUUCCAAGUCUCUUCUUCCUUAAGCAAGAUCAGUUAUAAACUGUGUCUCUUUCUGCUGUGUAUACCAUACUCAUGUCUAGAGAGCUUUCCCCCCACUUGGAGCAUGUUUGUUAGUUUUGCAACAGAGUCUUGCUCUGUGGACCUGGCUAGCCUAGCACUCACUAUGUAGCCCAAGCUGGCCAUGUUUUCUUACUCAGCCUCUGUCAUGUUGGGCUUCUAGGCCUGUACUUCCAGGCCUGUCUAGAGAAUCUUUAAGAUCAACCUGAGUCUUCCUCCUCGUCCUCUUUAUCACAUGACACAGAAACUGUAUCCAAGUAUGUAUUGUGAUUUUCAUGACAAAACCGAUGCUUUUAGGGGUAAAUUUGAAGUGUGAAGGGAUUAUUUAAGAUUGUUUUUUAGCCAGGGUGUGUGUGGUGGUUAAUCUUCUGUGUUAGUUUGUCUGGGCCACAAGGCAGCAAGAUGCAUAAUCAAAUACUUAUGGAUAUUUUUCUGAGAUUUUUUUUUAGGGGCUGUCGAGAUGCAUCAGUGGGUCAAGGUGCUUGCUGCCAAAUUGUGUGUUUGUGUGUGUUUGUGUGUGUGUGUGUGUGAGAGAGAGAGAGAGAGAGAGAGAGAGAGAGAGAGAGGAGAGAGAAGAAACAAAUACAUACAAUUUAUAAGCUUUAUUUUUUUUAGGUUAUCCUACAGAGCUUCCUCAUGACAUCUGCAGUCACCUGUGCCAUAAUACACUGUUUGUAGUCACCCCGUUAAGGCGGGCUUGGGUGUGGUGAACAUUCUAGAUGGUGGCCUUUGAGUAAAGCAGACUAGCAUCUCCCAUGUGUGUGUGCUUCCUCCUGUCAGUUAAAAGACUACGGGGAUCAAAAGUCUGAUCCUCCUGAGCAAGGAGGACAUUUCCAUCCCAUUGCUUUUGGUGUCUGCACUUCAGGGUAGAGUUUGAAACUGCCAGCCUGCAGAACUGCAUAAGCGAACUCUUUAUUAUAUAUCUCUUUCUAAAUAUACAUACAUCCCACUGGUUCUGUUGCCUUUGGAGAAACCCUGACUAAUAUAGCAUGGGAUUUAGGAGGGCCAGAGUAUGUCAUAGAUUGAUCUCCACUCUCCUUUUGAGGGAGAUGGGGUGGGAGUGUGUCUUGUUAUGUCGGCUGACCUUAAAAUCGAAAUCGCCCUGCCUCAGCCUCUCCAGGGCAAGAUCAUAGGUGUGUGUUGCCACACCUGGCCCUGGCUGUCUGUUUUUAAGUGGUAUUUUGAAUUAAAGGGAUGUAAAGAUUGUUGGAGGGACCAAUCAGAAGCCUGGGAUUUAGGACCCACUGCUUCUGACAUUCUGCCUGUUUCUCUAGCCCCGGUCAAUUGCUCGUCCUCUCUCUCUCUCAGCCUCCGUUUGCUCUCAUAAAAGUUCAAGAGAUUUUCAAGGUCUUGGAGUCUGUGAAAUACAUUGAACAGAGAAGCCAGCUGCUGAGCAGGCAGGAGGACAGCCUCCUGAGGAUAGCCUAGGGCUUCUGUUAUGAAAUAAGAAAUGAAGAAAAACCAAAAAGCAGGUAGUAAAAUGUAAGUCUUCAGGGGAGGAAGAAUUACGAAUGCUAGGUAUUCUUGUUCAUCAGGUAGACGAUUCUAAUCAGUAAAACAGAGCAUAUGGAUGGAUGGGAGUAUUCACCAGCACCUUGAACUGUUUCAUCCUGAGUCAGGAUUUCCCUGGCUGGUCCUCCUGCCUUGACCCUUCAAAUGCUGGAAUUACGGGGUGCUUGUCCAGCUUCUCAUUUGAAGGCAGAGAAUCUAAUUUUCAUUUAGGAGCUGUCUCUAUGUCACACUUAUUCUUAUUUUGUCUACAAGGAGUUGCAUAGUGGUCACAUGGUGGAAGCUUGACGGGUGUGACAGGUUGCACAAGCUAAGGGGUCCUGUCUGAGAUAAUGGACAGGAAAUGCCUGGUCCCAAGGACAUUGUGUGGUUUUCUGUGUCUGUCUGUCUGUCUGGUGUGUGUGUGUGUGUGUGUGUGUGUGUGCUUGUUCAUGUACAUCCAUGGGCACGUGUGUCUAGAGACUGAAUUCAGGGCCCCCCACUGGCUAUGUUGUCUUUGGGCUCCCCUCUCCAGGUGAAAGGGCAUUAACUACAGAUCAGAAACCAGAUUAUUCUGGCUUCUUCUGUCUGGAGAGUGGUCAGUAUUUAGUUGCAGGCGUGUUUUGCUGUUCUUUGUCUGGAACUCAGGUCCACCUUGCUCAGCAGUCUGCACUCGGGUCUCUGGCAUGGAGGGGUGGGUGGUCUGUGAAAGCCAGCCAAGGUGAGGGUCCAUUGGCACCUGUGAAUGUGACACAUGGGAGGAGGGUGACAAAGCUGCUGUUCCUUGUUCACCAGAGACAUCAUCUGUCCAGUAAGGUGAGUGACUGACUUAUUGCCCUUUGAGCUGGCCAGUAAAGGUGCAGGGCUCUGAGACCAUCCCCUCCCCACCAAGAAGAAAUUUGACUGUUAACUCUUUUACUUGGUUGCUGAUGAAGAUGGACAAAUGAUUAACCCUUGCAGUCCCCAGUUGGAUCUCACUGCCUGUCCUGAAUACAGCCUUUUGCAUAGCUGCCUGGAGUUGUUUUUACCAGUUUCUUCCAAAUUGGGUGUCUUUGCUUGGACACAUAUGCAAACUAUCCCUGGGGAGAGAGUGGUGGGCCAGGGGCGUGGGAAGCAGCAGAAAGAAGCUUCUAGAUUCUGCUGCUGAGUUUCUGGCUCAAUCUUGAGAAGGUAAGGAAGGGGCCCCCCGAGAUGAGUAGGAGACAGGAAGGGCGCUUCGGUCUGGAGGCUGCUGAAUGGAGCCACUCUUGGCCUCCUGCCCAGAGAGCACUUCCUUUCCCUGACAAGAUGUCUCUGCUGGCCUGGCCACCUGCCACCUGGCAGUGGCCUUAGCACAUGACUCCUGUCUACCCAACUCCAAGGGAGUGGGCAGGAGGUUCCAGGUUUAGCCUGCCUCUUUGAGUCACAAGGCUUUUUUGCUAGCUGCCCCCACUUGCAAUGAUAUAGGUGAGUCUUAACUUUACCUAGGGGAUGGGCCACAUGCUCAGAGUUUGGUUUUUGUUUUGCUUGCUUUCCUCACCCCCAAUACAGGGUUUCUUUGUGUAGCCCUGGCUGUCCUGGGACUCACUCUGUAGACCAGGCUGGCCUCAAACUCACAGAGAUCCUCCUGCCUUUGCCUCCCGAGUGCUGGGACUAAAGGCAUGCACCACCACUGCCUAGUAGUAUUCUUAACACAUAAAAUGAGUAACCCACUUUCCUGAUAGUUGUAGGAUCUAUGGAGAGGGACUGGACCAACAGCACGAUAAGUUGCAUAGGUCCAAUCAAAUGGGACACUGCCUCCCAGCCUGGGACUAUUGAAGCUGGUCUCUGAUCUCCCUGGGGGCAGGGCAGGGCCACUGGAGGGUAGGAGUUGCUAGUGCUCUGUCACUUGGUGUUAUUUCUGGCCUUAAUUUCUCUCUGUAAAAUCCAGGGAGGUGGGAGGGUGGUAUGGGCUUGACUGACCAUCCUAGGAAGUUAGAUCUGAUCUUUGAAGGGGUAGGACCCCGAUCAAAGGAAUAGUUUGCAGGUAGCUCUAGAGGGGGCUAAAUAUGUCAGUAGACCCAGGUCAAAGUCUGAUUUCUAGCUCUCCUGGCUUCCGCUCCCCUCUGCUCCAGUCUUCGCCUCUUCCUUUUUAUAGAGAUACUUUGUGGGUAGGUAUGCACCUCAGUUGACUGAGUGAACUGUCACGGCUUGGGAGGCAUACCUGAUCUCCUGGGUUUGGGUCUCAGUGCUGCAUAAGCCCAGCAGGUAGUACCUGUUAUCUCAGGACGAGAAACUCAGCAUUAUUUUUGACUAUGUAGGGAGCUCAAGGCCAGCCUCGGACACAGACCAUGUUGUUAACAUACAACAACAACAACAACAACCCCUCCCCCAAAGCUACUAGAUCACCUUUCCCCCACUCUGUAGCAGUAUCUUCCCGGUGCAAUGACUGGGCAUUUCAGAUGGCCUUCAGAUGAGUGAGGCUUUUGAGCAUUUUCCUAGUUAUUUUAAGGAUGUUACCAUUUUAAAAAGCUGGGACCAUCGAGGAGGAACAAGGGACAUGAAAAAUAUAUAAAUUUUAGAAACUUGGAUUUAAAUAGAGUUAGAGAGGUGCCCAGCUCUGUAUUUAAGAGAAAGGCCAUUUGAAGGUGGUGGUGGGUUAACAAGAUAGAGCUCGUAAAACUGAUUUAGUGCCUCUAUUAACCAACUAACCUGGUUGUCAAGGACUCAAGACACAUUCAAACUCCUUUUAAAAGUUAUUUAUUUUUAUUGAAUGUAUGUUUGUGGCAGAUCCCCUAGAAAUGGAGUUACAGACAACUGUGAGCUGCCACGUGGAUGCUGGGAAUUGAACCUGGCUCCUCUGGAAGAGCAGCCAGUGCUCUUAACUGCUGAGCCAUCUCUCCACCUGCCCUUCACCUCCCACAUUUAAACUCUUAGAAGCAGGGAUCCGACACAGUGCAGUGGCGGUGCUGGCUGCACCCUGGACUCUGUCCCAUCAGCACUUGCUGCUCCUCUCCUUUGCCUCUGUGAGUCCGGAGAACUAGAUGUGGAGUUAGUUUUCCCUGCUGGACAACUCCUUUUUCCCUUAUUAAUCUCCUCUCAGUUCUUACUGGGGGAGCAGGCUCCUUUAGCAACAGUAUGCUAAGCCACACACACCCACUCCUCUGUUUAGCUUUAGACUGAAGUUCUGUGCUUAAGAUGGAUAUUUUAGCAACUACCAACUGUUCACCCUAUAUCCAGCUCCCUUCAGCAACCACCCACAACUUGACUCUUGUCUUCACAUGCUGAGUUGUUUAUUAACAGCAGUAAGGCCAAGGGAAGUUCUGCCUGAAGCUGGAAAAAUAAUGUAUUCCCAGGGAGUAUAGCUGUGGACAGUGACUUUAGUUUACUGUGCAAUGAUUUAAGUCAAGGAACUUCAUAAUAAAGUAAUUCAUUAUAAAUUCUAUUUACGCUGUAUCUAACGUGUCAUCAGCUUUAACAAAUGGUAAUUUAUCAGGCUCUUAGAAUGACUCUGCAAGUAGGAGGGAGCAUCCUUGUUUUUAUGGGCACUGAAUUAGAGCUCCUCCAAGUCAUGUGACUCACAUAAAGUCAGGUAGCUGGUUAAGAGCAGACAGUUCAAGCGUGGGUCAGUCUGGCUACAAAGUGAUCACUCUGCCCUACUGACUACUCAUUAUCCAACCCUGGCUGAGCACUCCCCCUCCCCCAAGAAAAAUGUUGCUAGUUUUUGAGUAAGAGUAGGAAAGGAGUUGGAACAAAGUGGCUGAGUGUCUGUUGGUGCCCAGCGGACACUCCAGUUACAACCCCGACCCCCUUACAACCUCCCCAGGGGGUCGAUAGCACUUCUGAAAGUUAAGUCCUCAGGAGUGACAGAACCCCAGCUGCUCGGCUUGUGAGUUUUGUUGCUUCUAGAAUAAUCACAGGUUUUCAUUAACAUAUUUGAUCCUACUGAAAAUAAAGGCAACCUUUUUUCCUGGGUUAAAAAAAAAAUACAUGUUUACUGUAGAAAAUGCAAAUGCAUACAAAAAUGGUGACAAUCUCCCAAAGUACCAGCAGCUGUUUGAGAAGGUCUGCUUUGUAGUUCACCUUGGUCUAAUCACCUCUGUACUUGUUUCUGGUCUGUGAAGUUGAACAUAGUCUAUAUCCUUGGGUUUUGGUAAGAUAAGCAUUACCAGCCAGAAGCCUCCAAGAAGUGACAGAGAGAUGGUUAAUAGUUUAAUGAUGGGCUCCUGACCUUUCUUUCUGUGCCUGUGUAUAUAUGUGUUAACCUACACACGACUGUGUCUACAUUAAUGAAAAUAAGGUAUUUUAAAAACCAGCUGUAGCUGGGCGGUGAUGGUGCACGUCUUUAAUCCUAGCACUUGGGAGGCAGAGACAGCCGGCGGAUUUCUGAAUUCGAGACCAGCCUGGUCUACAAAGUGAGUUCCAGGACAGCCAGGGCUAUACAGAGAAACCCUGUCUUGAAAAACAAAACAAAACAAAACCAACCAACCAAACAAACAAACCCAGCUGUAGCUUUUUAUUAAAUAACGUGUCUUGAAAAUCUGUCCUUAACUCUAAAUAACUUCUAUCAUAGCCUGAUAGACAAUCCAGGAUGGGAUGGUGUGAGUGGAAUUGAGUCUGUGUGUGUGCGUGUGUGUGUGUGUGUGUGUGUGUGUGUGUUUGGGGGGAGGGGGCAGCAGGUAUAGACUUCAAGUCUACUGCAAACAUAAGGCGUUUAAAAACAAAUCUGUUAACAUUGUCGAUUUGGGUGAUAGGGGCUCUUCUUCUUUCCAGAGCCUACUUAACCCUCUGUCCCCUUGUGGUGAGGAUGAAGGAGGAUUCCUUUGGGAGCUCAGAGCCUGCCUUGAUUCAGUGUGGCUGGCAGUCCUGUGAAUUCAGAUGCCAGCCUCAGUCAGGGAGCUCAGACCCUAGCUCUCUUUGAAGUUAGAGAAACAGAGCUGCUGCAUUUGAUCUGAUCUCUGGGUGUACAGGAGGUCACCAACCAGAGCAUCCUCUGCUUCUUGCUCUCCAAGAAGCUGUCAUUUAAAGGUCUCAGCAGUAAAGCUGUACUCCUUCCCUGCCAGGUUGGACCACCAUGCUCCACCCUUCAGGGAGGUGGGCUGCAGUCCCUAACCUUGCCGUUUAGUUUUGGGAUACGCACGCCCUUUUUUUCUUGCUGCAGUUAGUCAGUCAGAAACCUCUCUUAGAAAAAGUUUGGAGCUGAGACGAAAGGAUGGACCAUCUAGAGACUGCCAUAUCCAGGGAUCCAUCCCAUAAUCAGCCUCCAAACACUGACACCAUAGCAUACACUAGCAAGAUUUUGCUGAAAGGACCCUGAUAUAGCUGUCUCUUGUGAGACUAUGCCGGGGCCUAGCAAACACAGAAGUGGAUGCUCACAGUCAGCUAUUGGAUGGAUCACAGCGCCCCCAAUGGAGGAGCUAGAGAAAUUACCCAAGGAGCUAAAGGGAUCUGCAACCCUAUAGGUGUAACAACAUUAUGAACUAACCAGUAGCCCGGAGCUCUUAACUCUAGCUGCAUAUGUAUCAAAAGAUGGCCUAGUCGGCCAUCACUGGAAAGAGAGGCCCAUUGGACAUGCAAACUUUAUAUGCCCCAGUACAGGGGAACGCCAGGGCCAAAAAGUGGGAGUGGGUGGGUAGGGGAGUGGAGGGGAGGGUAUGGGGGACUUUUGGGAUAGCAUUGGAAAUGUAAAUGAGGAAAAUACCUAAUAAAAAAUAUAUAAAAAACCAACCAACCAAAACAAACAAAACCUCUCUUAACCCCCUGCUCCCCCCCACCCCCAGCAAACCAAUAAGUCACAUUUGCAAACCUCUUCUUGCAUGAGUCCCAUCCUCCACCACCACCUUCAGGUGCACUGUAUGUGCAGAUCCAAGGGAUGUACCUGACUGUUGAGUCUAACCUCCAGAAGGCAAAAGAGUGGUGUACAGUGUGACUUGGGACAGAAGUCUCACAUGGAGUUGGUAUACCUCUGAGAAGGUUCACGACUAUAAUAAUAUCCCUUUCUUCCUUUGAAACUUGGCAGCGUAGUUGGUCCACCUUCCAAGGGAACCCAUCUGCCCUGCAUGAUGCUAUUGACUAAGCUCAGACACAACAGCUUCCCUAGGACAUUUAAGGGAAGGGCUCAGUCUUUGCACUCUAAGAAGGGAGUAUGUCAUCACCAUGGAGAAAGAUCUGAGACACUGUUGGGGUGAUGUGUCUGUCCAGAUGAGCCGGUUUAUCUUCGAGAGGUGGGCGGAGAGGAGAGGAACAAUGUACCCAUUUCACAGCCUCGAAGCUCAGAGCACUAAGACUCUCUCUGAUGUUUUCCACAGUGCCUUUUAGUUUCCUUCUGAUGCCCUCCCCGCGAGAAAGGUUAAGUAGCACUACCCUCUUUCCACUGAGGAGACUUAACCUAGUUGACUGAGGCUAGUUGACUUCCGUUGGGCCCGCCCCACCCAGGGGAGGGAUCUCCUCAAUGCAUAACUCCUGCUUUUCAGGACAAGGAAGACCCUGAUAGGGGAGGGAAAGCUCCUUGCCAAGGAUGGGACAUCCUUGCUCACCAUACUUUUCUUUGCUCUUUCUAUUUUAGCACGUUCUGUUUUUGAGACAGGGUCUCUCCUGUAGUGCAGCUGCUCUCUGACACACUGUUUGAGAUUCUGCUCCUCCUGCCUCCACCUCCUAAGUGCUGGGAUCCCAAUUACACGUGAGCACAUGUGGUUCUGUACGGUGCCUGGGACUCAACUCAGGGUUUACACACCAGGCAAGUACCCUAUCAAGAUGUAUCUGCGCUGCAUCUCCAGCCACUACUGCCUCCCCCCCCCCUUCUUCCCAUGCACGGGAGCAAGUCUACAGCCUUAUUCCUGCAGUCCUCUCUGGGGAUUGCUUAGACAGCGGUAUCCUUCAAACCACAGACCAAGAUCCUUGACCUCGAUGUGCCUUUCCUUCCUUGAGCUAAGCUGCAAGCAUGAUGGAUGGCAGAAACUAAUUAUUUUGGCUCAGUUUCCCAGUGUUGACAGGGCAUGCUUUGCAUUUGAGAUGCAAACUGGACAUCCACAGAGGGCUUCAGAAUCUGAUGCUGUUGGGCUUCUUCUUCUUCUUCUUCUUCUUCUUCUUCUUCUUCUUCUUCUUCUUCUUCUUCUUCUUCUUCUUCUUCUUCUUUUCUUCCUCCUUCUCCUCCUUCUCCUCCUCCUCCUCCUCCUUCCCCUCCUUCUCCCCUUUCUCCCCCUUCUCCUCCUUCUUUGCAGGAGGACUACCAGUAGUCCCUGAUACAUGUUCCUUUUCACGUUCAUCUAUAACUGACAUACCACACUGAAUGAAGUUCAGACUGUGAAUGUGGCUUGUAGCACAGCAGGCUCUAGCAUCUGGCUCUUGCUUUCAACAAGCCUGCCACAGUUUCUAUCAUCUUGGCUUUCUUCUAAAAAUACAGCAGAGCCUUGCCACAAAGCCAGGCUGAGUGUGCCUUGGAAGACAGUAGUCCUAGGUAGGAAGUUGCCAUAUUGAUGUUUGUUAUUCUUGUGUACUUUCCCUCUGGCCCCAUAAAGGGGCUCCACUAAUUAGCUAAAUAAUUGUAAGAAUGUUUCAGGCUUAUGGAGGGCAGGCUUCCCAAAAUGGAGGAAGCAAAGGAUAGCAAAAAUGGCUUCCUGUCUACACUAGAAGUUUCAUGGACUAGAGAGAAUUGUAUUAGGGCUUGUAUUAGUCAGGGUUCUCUAGAGUCACAGAAUUUAUGGGUCAUCUCUGUAUAGUAAGGGAAUUUGUUGAUGAUUUAGAGUCUGUAGUUCAACUCCCAACAAUGGUCAGCAGCAGCUGUGAAUGGAAGUCCAAGGAUCUAGCAGUUGCUCAGUCCCACAUGGCAAGCAGGUGGAGAAGAGAGAGAGUAAGUCUUCCUUCUUCCAAUGGCCUUGUGUAGGUCUCCAGCAGAAGAUGUGGCUCAGAUUAAAGGUGUGUGCCACCAGGCCUUUAAUCCCACAUGACCCUGAACUUCGAGGUCUCCCUGUCUUAAUCUUCUGGAAUUCAUAGCCACUAUGUCUCAAGAUCUCCAUGCCAGGAUCCAGAUCAGAAACUUGUAUUUCCCAGCCUCUAGAUUAGGAUCACUGGUGAGCCUUCCAAUUUUAAAUUGUAGUUCAUUCCAGAAAUAGUCAAGUUGACAACCAGGAAUAGCCACUACAGGGCUUUUCUUCUUUCUUUUUCAGUUUAAGGAUUUAUUUUAUUUUAUUUUAUUUUAUUUUUUUCCAUCCAUGGAAGUGUUUUAUUUUCUCUUCUGGAGACAGUGUUUAGAGGUAUCCAGAGUGGUCUAGGGUUUAACACUCCAUGGUAGCCUUUUCAACUCCCAAGCCACUGGCAAGAGAAUUGCUGACGUUUUAUAUCAAGAAGGUUGAAAACAUCAAACUCCACAUUCAGUGUGUGGCCAGGUGGACAUGGCCUGUGGUGGUUCCAUGUGUGCUAAAUGUGUCAGUGGCAAGCACAGAGUCAGGAAGCUAAAUAAACACGGAUUCUCUAAACAGUUCAAAGAAAAAUGUCAUAGUCCUAGAAUCUCAGACACUCAGGGGACGGAUGCAGAAGACAGAAAGUUCAAGAUCUAUCUGGGCUACAGAAUGAGUUCAAGGCCAGCUUGGGUAACUUAGAAGGUCUUGUUCCAAAAUAAUAACUAAGUAGCUGUAGAUAUAACUCAGUCGCAGAGUGCUUCUGGCCCUAGGUUCAAUCCCCCUGUACUACGGAUUAAAGUGAAAGUGAAACAAACAAACAGAAGCAAUGUUGACAUCCAUGUCAAGUCAUAAAUGUACACUCAGACAUUUACUUCGUAGACUGAACUGAGUGCUGGCAUGUGGUCUCAGUGUGUGGCCAUUGUCCCUCCCCUACCCAGAUGUUUUACUUUACACAGUUGUUUAUCCGAGGUGUGCGUGUGGUAGAGAGUUGACUCGCUGUUGGCAUAUGCAGCGUGUUUUAUUGGACGGAUAAAUCAAGACCACACGGAGUAAAAGCUUGAAUGCAGGUUGAUAGAACCUUUCCCUCUCUGUGUUUUGUCUGAGCAGGGACUCUUGCUUACCUUCUUUGCCCUUCUCUUGCUGGAUGGAACAGGAAGAUAAUCAGGGUGUGUGUGAAUACCAGACUUCUGAAGACAGAGGCAUGGAUUCUGACUUGGAGAACUCUGAGGACCGAGAAGGGGACCCAGAAGAAAGAGGAAUGGGCUCUAAUCCAUGGGACACAGAAGAUAGAGGCCACCUGGAGCAGGAAGUGGACUCCAACCCACAGGAUGAUGAUCUAAGAGGGGACUCACGAGAGAGGGACAUAGCGUCCACUGUCUGUUCAGAGGGGCGGCUGAGUGAGGAAGAAAGGGCUAUCCUCCGUGAGGAAGAGGACGACCAGCCUGGUGUGGCUGACAUGGCUCUGUUCCCAGGACUGUCAGAAUCUGACAGCAUAUCCCGGAGUCCGCGGGGAGAGGAAGAUGAAGAGGAGGAAGACGAAGAAGAGGAAAGCGCUGGGGAGAACCGCUUGAUAGAGGAGGAAGAUCCAUUGCCUACUCCCGUGCUUCCUUGGAGGCGUCACCUCUCCCUGGGCGGUCGACACCGGGGUGACAAGCCUGCUCACCGCCGCUUCCACCGGCUCCAUCACCCCAUGGCCAUGGACCUCGGGGAACUAGACAGCCUGAUGGCCAGUAUCAUGGACGCGCCCACCAUCUGCCCAGACUGCGGGGAGAGCUUUAGCCCGGGCGCCGCAUUCCUGCAGCACCAGCGCAUCCACCGCCUGGCAGAGGCCGCCGCCGUGGCCAGCUUGGAGCCCUUCGGUUUGGCCGGCGAGUGCGGAGGAGUGGUGGGGAUGAUGGGCAUGGGUAUGGGCGUGGGCAUGGGCGUGGCCGGCGGCUUCGGGGCGGGGCCCACGCUGGCCCGGCCCCCUCGCGAAAAGCCCUUCCGCUGCGGGGAGUGCGGCAAAGGCUUCAGCCGCAACACCUACCUGACCAACCACCUGCGGCUGCACACGGGCGAGCGGCCCAACCUGUGCGCCGACUGCGGCAAGAGCUUCAGCUGGCGCGCCGACCUGCUCAAGCACCGGCGCCUGCACACGGGCGAGAAGCCCUACCCGUGCCCGGAGUGCGGCGAAGCCUUCAGCCUCAGCUCGCACUUGCUCAGCCACCGGCGCGCGCACGCGGCGGCGGGCGGCGGCGCGGGCUCGGCGGGCUCGGCGGCGGCGCUGCGGCCCUUCGCAUGCGGGGAGUGCGGCAAGGGGUUCGUGCGCCGCUCGCAUCUGGCCAAUCACCAGCGCAUCCACACCGGCGAGAAGCCGCACGGCUGCGGCGAGUGCGGCAAGCGCUUCAGCUGGCGCUCGGACCUGGUGAAGCACCAGCGCGUGCACACGGGCGAGAAGCCCUACAUGUGCUCCGAGUGCGGCGAGACCUUCAGCGUGAGCUCGCACCUCUUCACGCACAAGCGCACGCACUCGGGCGAGCGGCCCUACGUGUGCCGGGAGUGUGGCAAGGGCUUCGGCCGCAACUCGCACCUCGUCAACCACCUGCGCGUGCACACCGGCGAGAAGCCCUUCGGCUGCGGCCAGUGCGAGAAGCGCUUCAGCGACUUCUCCACGCUCACGCAGCACCAGCGCACGCACACCGGCGAGAAGCCCUACACAUGUCUCGAGUGCGGCAAGAGCUUCAUCCAGAGCUCCCACCUCAUCCGCCACCGGCGCAUCCACACCGGCAACAAGCCUCACAAAUGCGCGGGCUGUGGCAAGGGCUUCCGCUACAAGACGCACCUUGCACAGCACCAGAAGUUGCACUUGUGUUAGGGAGGGCAUCCGAAUGAGGCGGCGGUGGGAGUCGUCUGGCUACUGAUCUGUAGAUGUUGGGGAAGGGGCAGGAGGGACAGUCUGAGAGUGUCUGGGGGAGCCUUUUGGUGUUUGCCACCCCACCCCCCAGGAGAUGGUUAAUAAGAGUUGUUACUUCGAGGUGCCUACCUCCACCUUCAAAGUAACUCUUAGAAGAUGUGCUUGACUUGAUAGCUUACUUAAAUACACACUGCGAAGAGUGAAAAGCUUGGAAAAGCAGAGUUGGGAGGACCCCGAGGAAAGGCAUUUGGGGCUGUGUAGAGAGGCUUGGACUGUGUGAGAACUGAGAUAGGUGAUUUGUUUAGAGUUACAGGCGUACAACAAAAAGCGGGUAGAAAUAAGAAUGUCACACUCCCGGGGCAUGGUAAGCCUGAGUUUGCCCUAACACCUCACUUAUCAGCUCUAUUACGACCCUUCUCAUCCCUAUAGAAGAGGUUGCUAAGUAUCCACUUCCCUUUCUAUGAGCCCCAGCUGCUAUUUUGAGACAUCCUGGGGAAAUCGAGCAGAAAAACUGCACAGUUAUGUCAAAGGGCAAAAGUUUAGAAAUCCACAUACAUUGGUUCUUAGAUCUCUUAGGAAAUCCUGCACCGGUUUCUUCGCUAAUUCUUGAAACUGCUCAAGCUUCAUGUAGGGUCAGGGGUGCCUAGGGAUGGCCCCAUCUGCUAUGUAAAUUAGGACUUGCCUGCCAGGUCUCAGCUGUCAGUGGAGAGUAGGUUUCAGGAAACCGGUAGACUGUCAGCAGCUGCCUCAGAAACUGUUCACAAAAGUCAACUAGCUGGCUCAGUUUUGCUGGCUUUGUGUAGAUUUGUGUAGAGCAGGAAAGCCAAGUUCACAGGUUGGGGUGCCUUCAUUUGCAUGCGUGUGCCCUGACCCCAAGAACCCCCAAAUUACUCACAAAUUAAUGAGAGAUGUGAUCCAAACAGGAUUUUCGUCCCUGCCCCAUCCCCGACCCCCCACCUCCGACCCCCAUAUAUAAGAGGCACACAUGUCCACGUGGAGGGCACAGUCAGGGAGAGUUGGAAAUGCAAAAUUGCCAAAUAGCACAAACAGUGAAUGUUUUCCAGUUAUACGAGAUGCCAAAAUAGCACUUUUGUAUUUAACAGAGUGCUUUAUGCUUUUUAAUGACUGUUAGUGUUUCUCACAUGCCUGUGAGAUACAUCAGCAUUGCAAACUGUGACUGGGGAAAGUCUGGGGGAGGAGUGUGGUAAGCCUUUCAGAGAAAGGCCCAGGGCAAUGAAUGGUGGAGCCUGCCCUUUUGUGUUCCAAGCUCGGUUGCGAGGAUGACUUACGUGCUCUGAUUUAUAUCAUAAAGCAAGAAGACUGAGCAUUCUUACACUUGAUGGAAAAAUUAAAGCCUAGAAGGACCAAAGAUGUCCUUAUUGACAAAGCUGGCCUUUGUCACCUGAUUCCAGUAUUCUCACUGUCUUCUAUUUCUAGUAGGGAGCUGGAGUCAAAUAACUUGUAUAGAUUUUGGUUACCUACCCUUAAGUUCCCUCCCGUAGAUUAGCCUUUAGAAGUCAGUGUGGUGGCCGGCAGUGAAGUUUUCUUCACUAACAUUUAUUACCCUAGAUUAUUCAUGGGAAUCUGGAACUGUUGGACACAGUUGAAAGUGUGGUGGGGAAACCAUACAAUUGUUUUUACAGUUUUAGCCAAGUUUCUGUGAAUGCUAGAGAUUUAUACUUGAUUAUUUGUAUUUUCAUAAUGAGCUUCUUUGGGGACUCUAAAGAAGCAUUUUUGUUUUUUUUAUUUUUUAUUUUUUUAUUUUUCAUUCUAGGGACACUAAAAAAGAAAUCUGGGGAACAUCCGGGCUUUUGUAUAUUACCUGCUGAUCUUGUACACUUAAUCUGUUUACUGUUGUUCACAGAUGAAAACAGAUACGCUAGGGCUAGUUUUGAAAAACACUAAUUCUCUUCAGUCUUCUUUAGUGAAGACUUACACUUGCAAAGUCUGUGCCGCCUAUUCUGACUCAUGCUGUCUAGGUGCCCAGUGUAUGAGAGCCACUUAAAACAACGCAGCCAAUUUGUAAGCAGUCUUCAUUCUCCCUCUCUCCCUCCCCUCCCCCUCUCUGUUUUUCUCUCUCCAAGGAUUCUUUCCAUAGCCCUGGCUGUCCUGAAACUCAUCCUGUAGAGCAGGCUGGCCUUGAACUCACAGAGCUCCACCUGCCCCUGCCUCUGAUCCAGAGUGCUGGGGUUACAGGUGACCCCAACCAUAACCAGUUCAUUUUUUUCCUUUUUUUUUUUUGAAAUGCACAUCUACCUCUUCCCUGUUUUAAGUUCUCUCAAGAGUUUGCCAAUGAAAUGUAAUCCAACUUUUGAUUCUUCAUAUAUAUUUUUAACCACUUUAUGGGCUUUUUGUUUUGCUUUGGCCCUUUGCUGCCAUUAUUACACACAGGAGAGCCAUUAUCAAAUGUUUUACAGAACAGCAGCGUUAGAGAGUGGGUUUGGUGGGUUGUGGAUAACCAAGAUGGCGUGAAGUAAUGGCAGUAGAAACCCAUGGACUUCUCUUGUUCUUUCUAUCGCUGUGGAUAAGAGAAUCAGCUACUGUGUUAUUCCUUAUCUGAGCCAAACCCCUUAGCAGAAGAAACUGUCCAGCCACACCGAGUGCUCGAAUGGUGUAUUUACAAUGUGAUUCUAGUCUCUUCUUCAGGGAACAUGCCUGCAUUACAUGAAAUUCCAUGCGCCCAGCUGGUUAUUUCUUGUCUUCCAUCUUAGAAGAAUUGUGUUUCUUCAGGAUACUCUUGUACCUGUGGUUCAUGCUUGAAAUGUUAAAGAUUCCUUAAUCCAACUUAUACCGGGUUGGAGGCACUUGUACUAUUUAUUUCCUGGGAAAUUUUGGUCAAAAGCCAGCUUCUUUUGCUGUCUUUAAUAAGAAAAACUUGAAGUUUAGGAGCUUAAAAGACUUAGCCUGAGGCAGAAGGAGGUGAGCACUUAAUCCUUUGAGCCAUGCGGUCUCUUUUACAGUCUAGAAACUGUACAUAUAUGUGAAAAGGAAAAAAAACCCUAUAUAUAUAUAUUAUAUAUAAAACAAUGUUCAUAGACAAUCUGAACUAUGUUUCUGAUGUGUGCACACUUUCCAUUUUAGUGCUAUUUUACAUCUGUUCGUUAAAGUAUUAAGUAAUUUAAUGACCCCAAGAGUACCAGAUUCUGUGAGUGUGGUUGUAUACGUAAGAACUGCCCUGUUUGGAGGUUAUUUUAUUUAAUGGUGGUUCCUUGGACAGCAUCCUGGCAUCCAGCAACCAAUAUGAGCUAUUUGUCAUUAAAUCCCUACCAGUCUUUUAUCAUA